AUUGCAUCAUCAUUAGCUUCGACAGAGUCACUGCAAAGUAGCAUGUCCCCGACAAGUGCUUCAGUGGCAACACCAACGAGUGCUGUGUCUGCUACAACAUCCAUAAUCAGUGGCUCGGUGUUUACUGCAGUAACAGGUACAGUACCAACUACACUAUCUCUGGGCGGUGCUUCAGUAAUUGCUACAAUGAGUGCUGUGCCAACUACAAUAUCCCUUGACAGUGCUUCAUUAAUUGUUCCAACUGGUUUUACGUCUAAUACUAUGUCCCUAGACAGUGCUUCAAUAAUUGCUAUAUCAAGUGCUGUGCCAACUACAAUUUCCCAAGACAGUGUUUCAUUUAUAAAACCAACGGAAGUUACGCCUAAUACAAUAUCCCUAGACAGUGCUUCAAUAAUUGCUAUAUCAAGUGCUGUGCCAACUACAAUUUCCCAAGACAGUGUUUCAUUUAUAAAACUAACGGAAGUUACGCCUAAUACAAUAUCCCUAGACAGUGCUUCAAUAAUUGCUAUAUCAAGUGCUGUGCCUACUACAAUUUCUCAAGACAGUGUUUCAGUAAUAAAACCAACGGAAUAUACGCCUAAUACAAUAUCCCUAGACAGUGCUUCAGUAAUAAAUCCAUCAGGUACUAUACCUACUACAAUAUCCCUUGACAGUGCUUCAGUAAUUGCUACACCGGGUGAGGUGCCUACUACAAUAUCCCUUGACAGUGCUUCAGUAAUUGCUACACCGGGUGCAAUGCCUACUACAAUAUCCCUUGACAGUGCUUCAGUAAUUGCUACACCGGGUGCAAUGCCUACU